AUGCGAAAAUUGCUUGCAGGGCCGGAUAAGGUGCCAGCGGAAAAGGGCCAAACCAACACGCCAGAAACGUUACAGCAGCUCUCGCUGAUUAUUACCAGCAUCUUAUCGCUGGAAGACAAAGUAGCAAAGCUAGAGCAAUCUGCUACCGUAUUAUCGCGGGCCACGUGGUCGUCUCAACCAUCUGGCCGUGACGGCUCACCUUGCACGGCGGGACAUACCGAUAUCAUGCCAUACGUUAAUUUCAACGCUGUUCCAGAUAGAGGAAUCGCGUUGAAAUUCUGCACUCCCGAUGGGCUGACCCAGCAGACCUCUUACGCGAGGACAUUUCUGCAGCAAGAGAUCGAAGCCGGUGAAAUGCUUGCAGACGAUAGAAGUGCAGUUCUCAAGGCAGCGGCGACUUUGGUCGAUCAAAUUUCGAAUACUGCAAAUAUGCCCCGUGGAGCGGAUUAUCAGAAUGCCCCUGAAGUUGAUGAUAGCUUGAUAUCCAGGAACUUGCCAAAAGAGCUUCUGUACUUGGUGACAAUUGGUUCUGAAUGCAGCCCCUCAAGCCGGCUCUAUUGGCCCGACCAUAUUUCUGCCACAACAUUCGAGCAUAUGUGCCUCUUGCUGGUGGAGAACAGCCUUGAUGAACAAACAUUGCAUCACUAUCGCGUUUGUGUAUACGCAAAGGCGAUUCUUUUCGUCUCUCGAUUACCUGCGGCUCAGUACAGUGAACGGUUUCGGCGCCAUCUUCAGGACUCCAAGAAACAGUAUGAAGCUAUUAUACUCACAUCCCUGAGUAAAAUUCAGAUCUUGACUACUCCGCCGUCUUUAUCUCUAUUACAAGCACUUUUGUCAGGGGCUUUGAUAAUGCAACUUCGAGGCGACAUGUUCCGCGCUUGGACGCUAAUUGCAAUUGCGUCGAGGACUUUGGUCGCCCUGAACUUGCAUCAUACAAUAAGUAGCGCCUCGCAAGGUACCGAAACAGAGAAGGAAAUCUGCGCCGCUGUCUUGUCAUGUUACUACCUUGAUAAGAUUCUCAGUGUGCUCCUCCUUCGACCCCCUUCCCUGCCAAGGUUGAAAGCUAAACCAUCGGACCUUGUUGCCUUGGAUCCACAUAUCCCUCUGAGCGCAAUAUUCAAGGCCAUGGUUGAGUUUGCACAGAUACAGGAAGUAGUUCUUGAUAUACUGUUCGAAUCCGGAUCCUCAGAUGAGAGGCAUCAAUCAGCUACGAUCGAAGUGCUUAUCCAGAAGAUGUAUAGCCUCCGUGAACAACUGGAUGAGCAACGGUCUCGACCAGAUUUUAGCGUAGUGCAAUACGAAUGGACCGCUAUUGACUUCAGCUAUUAUGCCAUUUUAAGCAAUAUAUUGCUCCUGAAUCAAAGACUUGCCAGGGCCCCUGUCGCGCGUCAGGAAAGUGUGGCAUCUGCUAGAAGAUCACUCACGUCGCUUCGGAGAAUGCAAGACACUGUCACUGCUGAUUUCCUUGAUGAGUACCCGUACUAUCUGACCUGGACAAUGCUACUGUUUCCUCUCAGUCCAUUCUUCGUCCUUUUCUGCCAUGUGGUUUACACCUCAGACGCUGCAGAUUACUCGUUGAUGACUGCGGUUACCAGUGGGCUUUCCCGCUUCGCGGAAUCGAAUGCGUCCAUCGGGAAGCUACAUAAAUUGUUUUCUACCUUUUUAGCAUUGUGCGACGGUCUUGUUCCACAUCGCCAGGGUACUGUUCGGCAGCCUCCCACAGUUCCAGGGAGUUCUUCGUAUUAUGCGACCGGCAGCCAAGCCCAGACCGAUGAUGGUGGUAUUCCUGACACCGGUCUUGGGCAAGCAGAUGUAGGUGCCUUCCAAGAUCAGGUUUUGCCUGGCCAGCCAACAGGGCAAAUGGCGGAUAACAAUUUCGUAUGGGAGCUUUUAUACUCGCAGCCUUGGCUGGGCUGGACAGAGGCGGAUUGUCUAUAUGAGCCCACAUAACAUGUGGGAGAAGCUGGCCCAGCAGAGCAAAGGUCCCCGAUGUCAGGAAUAUCUCUUCAAGUCGCGAGGAGUUGUAUUUGGAAUAGGGACGAUGGCUGGGUGGUAACAUUGUUCGAACAAGGAAGGUGGUCUCUGAAUUAUGAAGGAUGCCGUCUCGCCAUGUAAGCAGGCUGCAGUAGCGUAGAUAGAAUGUACUAAAAUUGUUU